CGGGCAAUGUUACUUCCGGAGCUGCGGAGACGGGAGGCGCUGCCUGUAGCUGUGGGUUCCGGCCUAGCGCGCCCCUAAGAGCGUUUUGGAGAAAUCGGUUCCUCUGGACCCGCUUCCACCAGCGCAGACCCGCCGAGCCGGGCGCCACGCCGCCCCUCGGCCGGACGCCGAUGCCCGCCGAGCCCGGGAGGCCCCGCAGCGGGGCCGGGCCAUGAGCCUGCUGGGCGGCCUCGCCCCCUCGCCGUUCAGGGCCAAGAUGAAAAGGCUCCCGAGGCGGAGCCAGAACGAGAAGUACCGGCUCAAGUACCUGCGGCUGCGAAAAGCCGCCAAAGCCACGGUGUUUGAAAAUGCUGCUAUUUGUGAUGAAAUCGCUCGUCUUGAGGAAAAAUUUCUUAAAGCAAAAGAAGAAAGACGGUACCUGCUGAAGAAGCUCCUGCAGCUGCAGGCUCUGACUGAAGGGGAAGUGCCGCCUGCCACUCCCGCUCACAGCUCCAGUCUGCCCCUGGCUUACGGGGUGGCCAGCUCUGUGGGAACCCUGCAGGGAGCUGGGUCCAGUUCCGGGCCUGGCACUGGGGCUGAGGAACCAUUUGGGAAGAAAUCCAAGAAGGAGAAAAAAGAAAAAGGCAAAGAGAACAACAAACUGGAAGUUCUGAAGAAAACAUCCAAGAAAAAGAAAAUGGAGGGAGGUGCUCGCAAGCUGGUUCAGCCCAUUGCCCUGGAUCCCUCAGGACGGCCCGUGUUCCCCAUCGGACUGGGGGGUCUAACAGUGUAUAGCCUGGGGGAGAUCAUCACCGACCGCCCUGGCUUCCAUGACGAGAGUGCCAUCUACCCUGUGGGCUACUGCAGUACUAGAGUGUAUGCCAGCAUGAAGUGCCCGGGCCAGAAGUGUCUGUACACCUGUCAGAUCAAGGAUGGUGGUGCGCAGCCUCAGUUUGAAAUCGUUCCUGAAGAUGACCCUCAGAAUGCCAUUGUCAGCUCUUCUGCAAACGCCUGUCACGCAGAACUGCUCAAGGCCAUAAGCGCUACUACGGGGAAAUUAAUGUCUAACCUGCUUCCAUCUGGAGCUGACUUUUUUGGGUUUUCUCAUCCGACUAUCCACAACCUGAUCCAGAGCUGUCCAGGAGCUCGAAAAUGUGUCAAUUACCAGUGGGUGAAAUAUGAUGUGUGCAGACCUGGAGAUGGGCAGCUGCCCCAAGGACCGCUGGAGAAUGAUGCAGCUAUAAGCUUUGAGGCCUUUCAGAGACAGACCUUUGAUGAAGAUCAUAGUGAUCCUAUUCUACAAGGAUCCCUGGACCUCCCGGAGCUUCAGCCCACAGCCUUUGUGUCUUACCCGCCCAUGUUCCUGGCAGACGAGCCCCUGGUAGAGGACCACCUACAGCACCUGAAGUCUCCGUCGCAGUGCAGCCCAGCACACUCUUCAGAUUGACCGAGAAUGAAUCUGGAUCAGAUACCACUUUUUCAUCAUGAUGACUUUAACUUCAGCUAAAACUUAACAUACAUGGAAAGAGGCAGCAACUUAAAAGUGAAGAUUAACACAUUUUGUCGUGGAGUUUUCCCUGAGAAAAACUUCACCUGCUUUAUUUUUAGUAAUAAACUUCUCUUGACAAC